GGAUUCUUCCCAGUGACUAAGAAGGAACCGCAUGUUCCUGGUUUGCUGCCUGAUCCGCUGGUUGGAUUAACUUAAAAGACUAGAAGCUCCCCGCCCACCAUGCGCCUUCUCUCCCUUCAUCUACCCUUUGGUUAAGCUAUCCACCAUGUCUGAAUCAAGUCCAUACUACGACCUCGGCCCUCAUCGUCGUCCGGUCACCACCACCUCCCCAGAUGCCCAGCAAUGGUUUGAUCGAGGUUUGGUCUGGGCCUACGCCUUCAACCAUGAGGAGUCCGUCCGCUGCUUCACGCGAGCCACCGAAUUCGACCCAUCCUGUGCCAUGGCGUUCUGGGGCAUCGCCUACGCCGUCGGCCCCAACUACAACAAGGCGUGGGCCUUCUUCGACCGAGGGGAUCUCGAGUCCAGCGUCCAGAAAGCCACCGCGGCCCUGUCGCGCGCCGCCCAACUGGCAGCCCAGUGCACCCCCAUCGAGAAGUCCCUGAUCAACGCCCUGCCCGCUCGAUUCCCCGCCCCGGACCAGAUCCCCGCGGACAUGGCUCCCUACAACCACGCCUACGCCGACGCCAUGCGCGUCGUCUACCGCGCCCACAGCGCCGACAUCGACGUCGCCGCCAUCUUCGGCGAGGCCCUCAUGUGCAUCAGCCCCCGCGGCCUCUGGGACCUCGACACCGGCAAGCCCAGCGGCGAGCACACGGUCGAGGCCCAGACGGUCAUCGAAUCCGCCAUGGCCCGCACCGCCGACAACGGCCACAACCACCCCGCCCUCUGCCACCUCUACAUCCACCUCAUGGAGAUGUCCCCCGUCCCCGAGCGCGCCCUCCCCGCCGCAGACCGCCUGCGCUCCCUCGUCCCCGACGCCUCCCACAUGCUGCACAUGCCCACCCACAUCGACAUGGCCGUCGGCGACUACCGCCGCGCCGUCGACUCCAACCGCGCCUCCAUGCUCGCCGACGACCAGUACUUCCGCCGCGAAAACCGCGGCUCCGCCCUCUACAUCGCCUACCGCGUGCACAACAUCUGCGCCCUCCUCUACGCGGCCCUCAUCUCCGGCCGCUCCCAGGACGCCCUCGCCGCCGCCGACCGCCUCUCCACCGUCAUCGACGGCCCCGUCCUCGCCACCACCAGCCCCCCCCUCGCAGACUGGACCGAGAGCUUCCUCGGCAACCGCGCGCAUGUCCUCAUCCGCUUCGGCCGCUGGGCCGACAUCCUCGCCCUGCCCCUCCCCACAGACCGCACCACCUACAGCGCCACAACAGCCACAACCCUCUACGCCAAAGCCAUCGCCCUCAGCGCCCUCAACCGCAUCCCCGAAGCCGAAGCCACCCAGCGCGACUUCGAAACCGCCCGCGCAGCCGUCCCCGCCUCCCGCUUCAACAGCAUCCCCUGCAAAGAAGUCGACGUCCUCCGCGUCGCAGCCGCAAUGCUAACCGGCGAACUCGCCUACCGCCGCGGCGACUUCGACACCGCCUUCGCAUCCCUCCGCGAAGCCAUCUCCCUCGAAGACAACCUCCCCUACUCCGACCCCCCACCCUGGAUGCAGCCCGUGCGCCACGCCCUGGGCGCGCUCCUCCUCGAGCAGAACCGCGUCGCGGACGCAGAGCGCGUCUUCCGCGAGGAUCUGGGCGUCGCGCUGGGUUUCCCGCGCCGCAAGGCGAGGCUGAAUAAUGUUUGGGGACUGCAUGGCUUGCAUGAGUGUUUGGUGCGCGCGGGCAAGAAGGAGGAGGCUGCUGCUGUGCGCGUGCCGCUGGAUAUUGCGCUCGCGAGUGCGGAUGUUGUGGUGGAGAAAUCUUGCUAUUGUCGUGUGUCCGGGUGUUCGCCGGCUGCGGGGUGUGUGGCUUCGUUGUAGUGGCUUACUUUCUCUGUGGGUGUGUUUAUAGUUGGUUAUCACGCUGUGGUAUUGGCUAGCUCCUAUUUUUCUUAGAUGAGGGGGGAGAUGGUUGUAUCGGGCUAUUCUGAUUAAUGGCUUAUACUGCACCAGUCGUUG